UCAGACUUGUGAACUUAAUUAAUAAGAGACAACUAGCUAGAGUUAACAGGAAGAGGAGCAAGGUGUCGGUGCAUGGAUGGCUUAAAUUAUACCUUUAGCUCACUCUCGUUUUUACUAUGGAUCCCUCCAUCCGGCAUCCACUCUCCCAUUACUUCUCUUCACUACUGAUUCACAACAACACCAGAAGCUUGCCUCCAUUAUCAUCAACUUCUUCCUCCCUCCCGUCAAUAUUAGGUUUCGUCUGCCUAAGCUCCUCAUCAUCGCCAUUGUCGUUGUUGUUGCGGGUGAACCACACCACUAGUAGCUACCCCCGUCACUCUCUCUUGAGAUAAGUAGGUAAGAUCAAUGGAUCCCCAACUGUUUUCAAGUUUCAAACUUCAUGGUUAACUAAGCAAGGUUGUUCCCGUGACGUAGCUUUGUCGGCAAAAGGCAUAGGGAUCUACUGAUGAUCCAAGUGAGGAACGAAGGUCCUACCCAUCCAGAUCUAAGUGUAGGCACGUAUUUGAGGUAAGUAAAAUCCGAUCUUCGCAUUAGAAACUGAAUACGUUUGAGCCUGUACGAGUUUAUAGUUUUCUGGGAAAUUAGCGACGGAAUUACAGGCUUUUAGCAACGAAACAGCCGCCGUGGCUAUAGUCUGGCCAACCAGUGUCAUUGACAUCCCUUUUAGGGACGAGAUUCAAAGUUUUUAGUGACCGUUUUGGCGACGGUAGCUAAAUGAGCUGUAGAGUUUACAUGUUAAUUCAAUUGGAUUUAAUUGUAAAUGAUUUACUAGGUACCUUACUAAUGGAUGUAUUAGGUUGUUAAAGUAUUUUAGUAACUAAUAAAAUGAGUUAGUUUGAUUUAAUUAUAUGUUUGAUCCAAUAAUAUGAUUAACGAUGUCCUUAAAUGAUUCUCUUAGGAAGUUAAUAGGUUAAGAUGAUUUAAGUUAUCAGUUAGCAAAAUAUAAGUUUUGAUAGGUUAGAUGUUAUGACGAGUUAAAUUAGAAGUUAUUAUGAAAAUGAAUUGUAUAAGGGAGUUAUGUUAAUAUGAGUAAUUGAUGAGUAAGUUAUCAGUUUUGACCCAUCAAGAACAUUAUAAGUAUUUAAUCUGUUGAUUGUUAAUCUAGGUUAAUUGAUAGACUGAGUAUGAUGAAAUUAAGUUUAAUUAAAGGAUAUAAUUAUCGUAGCAAAAAAAUUAAAUAAGAAUUUAGCAAGCCCCUAUACUUUGCACAUAUUGCAAAGUAGUCCCAAAUUGAGAACCGUCGCUAAGGACCCAUUAGCCCAACCGAUCUAACCUUGGCUUUCGUCAUAGGUUCACCAAUGCAAUUUACCCCUGAAGAGCACCGAUUCCUUAAGUUGGUGGCUAAAUCAGUUCAACCGUCUUAAGCUAACAAGGUGAGUGGUUUAAGGGGGUAAACUCUACGCCUUACGUAUUUUCAAGUAUUUGACUUACGAGUUUUAAGUAAGUGUGUUUAUGUAAAUUGUAUGCCAGUGAUUGAUUUAUGUCGUGAUUGAUAAAGCAUGUUUAGUUGAGAUAUUAUCUGAGAUACUCCAUUUGAGUUAUGAUUGUGAAGUACAUGAUUAUUUGAGCUUUCAGUAUUUAUUUGAAGCUUUUAUAUUAUGUUUAUUUAAUGAAGUUUGUUUGAUCUUUAAGGAUCAACAUUUAAGAGGUAUUUCACUCCUAAUUAAAUUAGGGUGAAAAGAUUUAAAGGUAGUUCACUAACGCCAGUCCCCCGCCCUAGUGAAAGUUUAAAGGAAGAGCAAUUGUUUGCUCUUAAGGAACAUGUGGAUGAAUCACUUAGACAUCACAUGAAGUUUAAAGGAAGAGUAUGAUAUACUCUUAAGGUUUAUGAGGUUGAAUCGAUUACUCCCAUAAAAAGGUUUAAGUAAAGGUCUUUAUUGGCCCUCAUACGUAUGAGAAGGGCGGCUGGACUAGUUAGUGAGGGGAUCCCAGUGUCGGUCAAAGGUUUAAUAUUUUUGAGAGUGGCGAGUAACAACAACUCCCACGUUUUAAGAGUUAAAGUUUAAAGGGUGGAAGUAUAAAUAACUUCCACGGGUUUUUGAGGUGAACACUUAAGGGAAUACUCGUAAGUGAUUCAAGUUUAAGUAAUGGCGUAGACUGACCCCAACCCACUCACCAGGUCAUAGAGGAGGAGCUAGAGAGCAUCCAGUCGAGGAGCAUCCAGUGAGAGAGCAGGCUACCAGAGGAGGACCACGUGAGCACUUCUGAAGAUGUCUGACCACGGAUCGGAGUAAGCAGCAUUUGUAAUCUUUAGUUAUUUGCUUUAUGAUCAUGAGUAAUGACUGGAGAUUUAAAAGGAUAAGACUUUAUGGAUUGAGGUUUGCCCAAAUGUUAGGGCUUUGCUUUUAAAUUAUAUGGUGUAUUUUCAAUAUUGGUAUUUCGAGCACAUUAUUGUUUCUUUCUUUCAAAAUUUUAAAUAUGCUCCGGAGCAAACUUGUUAUUUAAGAGUUUUAGAAAUCGGGAUGUGACAGGAAUUGUCCGUUGGUUCCGUUUUAUCCCAAGUUCGUAUUAAGAGCGCUUCGUUCUUGAUUCGAGCUCAAUCGAUUCUUCGAUUGAGUCGCUAGCUGCGUGACUUUGAUAACAUACAUCCCCCAGGGUCGUAUCACCUCCCAAGCUCUCAAAUGUGUAUUUUUGCCUCCCCAAAACACUAUUUUCUCCAACCCUAUAGGCUUCCAAAUUUAGCUUCCCACAUCUUUUUUUUUCACUUUAAUUUCCAUUACCAUACUUAUUUACAAUCAUUCUUGUAAUUCACUUUAAUUUUUUUUUAUAGUUUGUUAUUAUUUUUUGCAAAAUUAGUCAUUUUUUGUAGCCGUUACUUUAUGACCGUUUUUUGUCAUUUUGUGCAUCAUAUGUGUUUAUAAAUUACAAUUCUUCAAUUUUCAUCAACUCAUCUGAAACUUCUUCCCAUUUCUAAAACAAACACAUUCAUCAUGAGUAUGUCAGAUAGCUCAUCGUCGGGAGGAGAAGGAGAAAUCGAAGAGUACGAGAGGUUUCACCACCUACGGUUGAGUUUAAUCGGCCGGAGGCUGGCCGAAGGUUCAUCAAGUCGACGUCAAACUACAAGUCGACGUCACAUUGAUCGUGAAAAGGUUCGAAUGUAGUCGUCGUCUUAUGAGGGAUUACUUCGAUCCAAAUCGAGUAUACAAUGCUCGCAUAUUUAGAAGGCGCUAUCGGAUGCAACCAAGAUUAUUCCAUCGCAUUAUGGGCGACAUUGUGAGGUUUGACCCCUCAUUUGCUCUAAGGCGUGAUAGCUUGGGUCAAUUAUCAUUAUCUCCAGAGCAGAAGCUUACUGGUGCGAUGCGCAUGCUAGCAUAUGGUUCUCCAGCUGAUCAACUUGACGAGUAUGUUCGUAUGGGUGAGAGCACUUUGAUAGAGGUCUUCAGAAAGUUCUGCAACAACAUUAUCAAUAUGUACGGGGCCACAUAUCUUCGCGCACCUACUCCUGCCGAUUUAAGGAUCUUACUCAGUAAAGCCUCAAGACGUGGCUUUCCUGGAAUGAUUGGAUCAAUUGAUUGCAUGCAUUGGGAAUGGAGGAAUUGUCCAAGUGGCUGGGCAUGACAAUACAUCAGCCACAUGCAUAGGCCAACAAUCAUUCUAGAGGCGGUGGCCUCCUACAACACAUGGAUAUGGCAUGCUUUCUUUGGGUAUCCCGGAUCAAACAACGAUAUAAUGUUCUGGGGAUGUCGCCAGUGUUUGAUCGUAUUGCCAAUGGAAGCGCUCCACAUGUACGAUUUGAGGUAAAUGGUCAUGCUUACGAUCAAUGCUAUUAUUUUUGGCUGAAGGUAUUUAUCCCUCAUGGUCGACUUUAGUGAAGACCUUCAGCAAUCCAAGGUCAAAUAAAGAGGCUUUGUUUGCUCAACGUCAAGAAGCACACCGCAAAGAAGUAGAGCGGGCAUUUGGAAUCCUCCAAGCAAGAUGGGCAAUUGUUCGUGGCCUUGCAAGAGGUUGGGAUGUUGUCACACUUAACAAUAUAAUGUUGACGUGCAU